AUGUCUUCUCUUCCUUAUUCUAUUCCAAAGCCCUUUAAGGUGUCUAUUAUCGGUUCAGGGAACUGGGGUACUGCUAUUGCUAAAUUGGUUGCUGAAAACUGUGGUAGUAAGCCCAGUAUUUUUCAUCCUACAGUGAAUAUGUGGGUUUAUGAAGAGGAAAUUCCUUCUAAGGGAAAAUUAACAGAAAUAAUAAAUACAGAACAUGAAAAUGUAAAGUAUUUACCCGGAGUUAAGUUACCUGAGAACUUGGUUGCUAAUCCAGAUAUAGUUUCUACCGUGAAAGAUCUGGAUUUAUUGGUAUUCAAUAUUCCUCAUCAAUUCCUUGGAAGAAUCUGUCUGCAAUUGGUUGGAAAGGUUUCACCUCAUACAAGAGCUAUCUCUUGUUUGAAGGGGUUGAAUGUCGAUAAAGAUGGUUGUAAAUUGCUUUCCCAAGCCAUUACUGAUACCCUUGGAUUACAUUGUGGUGUUCUCAGUGGUGCCAAUAUCGCUAGCGAAGUGGCACGAGAAAAAUGGUCUGAAACAAAUGUGGCUUAUUUGAAACCAGAUGAUUUCAAAGGUCCUGGUUUAGAUAUUGAUCCCUUCAUUAUCAAGAACUGUUUCCAUAGACCUUAUUUCCAUGUUAGAGUCAUUGAUGAUAUCAUUGGUACUUCUGUAGCUGGUGCAUUGAAGAACGUUGUUGCUUGUGGAGCUGGUUUUGUUGACGGAGCCGGUUGGGGUGAUAAUGCUAAGGCAGCUGUCAUGAGAAUCGGACUUAAGGAAAUCAUUCAUUUUGCAUCUUAUUAUGAAAAAUUCGGCAUUAAGGGAGAAGCCCCCAAGGUUUCAACUUUCACAGAAGAAUCUUGUGGAGUGGCUGAUUUAAUCACUACAUGUUCCGGUGGUCGGAACGUGAGAGUCGGAAAAUAUAUGAUUGAACAUAAAGUUAGUGCUUGGGAAGCAGAAAAGAUUUUAUUAAAUGGCCAAUCUUCUCAAGGUAUCAUUACUGCUAAAGAAGUACACGAAUUGUUAACUACUUUCAACUUACAAAGUGAAUUCCCAUUAAUGGAAGUUGUAUAUGCCAUUAUCUAUGAGGAUUUCGAUGUUAAUGAGUUGCCUAAUGUGUUGGAAGCUGAUGAGGAUUUGUAA